AUGUCUGAUGCUACGCGGUCGAGGACUACGGUCUUCGUGGGUGGUCUCGAUGGGCAAGUGACUGAACAGACUUUGCAUGACGCAUUCCUACCCUUCGGCGAGAUUGUGACCGUAUCCUUGCCAAAGCCAGAACUGAAAUCUUCGAAAGAGGCACACCGAGGAUUUGGCUAUGUUGAAUUUUCGCUGGCCGAGGAUGCCAGUGAGGCCAUUGCCAACAUGGAUCAGGCUGAGCUCUAUGGCCGUGUCAUCAAAGUGAACCAGGCCAAAUCGCAGAAGGAUGCUAACGAAGGGCUAGGCAGUAGGACGGCGGUCUGGGAACAGGAAGGGUAUGCGUCCAAAUAUAAUGCCAAUGAUGACGACAAACUGGAGGAGAAUGGCGCAGAUGGCAAGACCGGAGAUCCCAUGCAAGGUUUGGAAGGGCUCGAUGAAGCGGGACCUCGUCAGCAAUGA